AUAUACCAAUGGAUGAAGGUGCAUCUUCAGAUCCAAUAAAAGUAGCAGAUCCAAUUUCGCAUCUUGAUGAUGUUAAGUUAAAAAAGAAACUUAUAAGACAAGUGCAGAAAUAUCCAGUUUUAUUUAAUCCACGGCAUCCAAACUUUUCAAAGAUCGAAGAGAAGAGAUAUGCAUGGACCCAAAUAGCGCAAAUAAUGAAUACUACAGUGGAUGUCUGUGAAAAUACUUGGAUGAAUAUAAGGGAGUCCUACCAGACUUAUGUACGUCGUUUACGUAAAUUUUUUCAUUCCGGCAAUAAAAAUAAUAAACGUCGUCCAAUAAUGCUACUUGAAUCUGAAAUGUUAUUCUUGUGGAAAUAUAUACCUGAUAAGAGUUUCUUUCCAUUGCAAAAUGUGCCGGAUGAGAAAAAUGAAGAAAAUGAGAAUACAACGAAUGAAAAAAUUGAUAAUGAAGAUGAUGACUUAAUUAUGUUAUGUGAUGAACCAGUCAUUAUUAAUCUUGAUGAUGAUGAUGACGAUGAUAGUAAUGCUAAAGUAUUGCGUAAAGCAUUUCCAAUAAAUCAUGACAUUAAAAAAUUAAUUGAAAUUAUAAAAGAAUACCCAGAAUUGUAUGAUACAGAACAUCGAUAUUUUAAUGAAUUUCGACGUAAAGGUUUCAUUUGGACCGCAAUUGCAAAUGAAGUUGGCGAUAAAGCUACUAAAUUGAUGAAAUCCUGGAUUUAUUUGCAAACUCGUUAUGAAUGGAUAUUAACUACACAACAGCAAAAAGAGGAUAAUAAAACAGAUUUAGAAAAUUUGUUGGAGUUCCUUAAACCUUAUAUAUUAAAAAAUCGGAAUACUGUCUGCAAGCAAUCGUAUUUUAUGAAACAAAAAUGGGUAGAACCUAUUGAGCAUUUUAAAAGUAUCUUCAACUUGUUGACAUGUUUGAAAAAAUUACCCCAUCUAAUUAAGUACACAGAGAACGUUAUCUCAAAUGGACUAGAGAAAAAUGCAGACUAUCGUGUUAUGUGGGAAAACAGUUUAGUAAAUAAAGGCAUAGAAGGAACUCCUGCACAAUAUGAAGUUACCUGGUUAUUGUUACGCCUAUUUUACUGGGAAUUAAUGAAUUUGCGUAAACAUAAAUACCAAUUGCAAGAUAAGUGGUAUUUCGAAAAUACCAUGACUGAGUUAUAUACCGCAUCUGCAAUUAAAAAACCUAAAAAGGGUUCUAAUACUGCACCGGAACCAGCAAAUGCCAUAACAACAACUGUAUCACAAACGCAACCAAAGGUGACAAAAACGUUAAAUUCAAAUUCAAGACCACAUGAAAAUGAACCACCAAGUAAAAGGCCUAAAACCGCGAAAUCUGUGAAUGAAAAACAAGCUUACAUGCAGAGUCCGCUACCAGUAACAGUUGAAGCUUUACAACGUGUAUCAACACUGCGUGUUGGCACGCCACCAAUAAUUCCUAUGUCCACAAACACCACUAUGAAUUCAGUUGCUCCUCCAAGGCCAACAAACUAUCCUUCAGUAUUACCAUCAGCACCAGAAUUACGACCACUUCUACCAAAAGUGGCAAAUGCUAUUACCUACCCAGUAAUGCCAAUUACAUUGAAUAUUGAUGAGAAUAGUAUAUCUUCCGCAAGAAUAGAAAAAAAUCAAACAGUAAAUAAUAAGGAACCAAAAAUUGUAGUUCCCAAAAUUGCAUCAGCAAAAAGUCUUGCCACACCGGUUUCUAUAAGUUUAAAUAAUAAGGUUGGAAUACAAAUUACUCGUAAAGAAAUGCCUAUUUCUAAUACCAAUACUACUACUACUACUACUACUACUACUACUACUAAUACUGCUAAUACUGUUUUACCAACGCAACCCUUAUCACCUAAACCACCAUUUACGUAUAGACAUGGUAAUUCAAGAUUUAUUCGACCAAAACUACUUCCAACGAUCACACAAACACAAUCAAAACAACAAACGCCAACGUUAGUGAACUCCGUGGUAACACAGUUUCAAUAUCAGCAUCCGACACAAACGCAAAAUCAUAUAGUUCCGCAUUUACAAACUCAAACUCAUUUACCUGCACAACUGCCAGUAUUAACAACUCAAAAUCAACAGUUUAGGCCAAUACAGCUGCCAGCUCGUCCGGAAACCCUUCCAACUUUUGUAAACCAGAACGUAGUCUGUGUAUCACAAGACAUAUCUACUCCACCACAACAGCAACUGCAAGUACAACCAGUUGUGCAACCGCAACAAAUUCUUCUGACACAACAACCAAUGCUGCAAACACCACCAGCUCUGCAACCAGCACCAGUUCUACAAAAACCAUUGGUUCUACAACCACCGCCAGUUCUAAAUCAACAACAAUUGCAACAAAAAAACUUCCAGUCGAUACAACAACUUCAAAAAGUACAACACGGUCUGCAGCAAGAACCACUGCCACAUUCGCCUCAACAACCACAAUUGCCCACAUCGACAGCAGUCGUAAAAACCGCUGCAAAGGAUAAUAAAUCAGGACCAUUGCCUAAGAUAUCAGGCGCUGCUUCAUUACUGAACUCCAACGAAAUUAUGAUAGAAUUAAUCGCAUCGUCAUCUGGCAAUCAAUUGAUUAUACAUGGCCCACCGUUGGCGGAGAAGUUCUCUAUAUCAAUGACUGCAACAUCUAAUUUCAUAAGAGAAGUAAUGGCUAUACCCCAGCUACAUAACAAACAACUAAAUACUUCACAAAUUCAAUCGUUUUGGAUGUAUAUUUCAAAAAAAUUUGUAAUGCCUGUACAUAUUUGUAAAGCCACUUGGAAUUUUCUAUCUGAGAAUAUUAAUCAUUUUCCUCAAAUUGCACCCAUCGAAGAAUUGAUGAGACCACACAAAGCUGACAUACCGGUGUGGAGUGAAUCACAGAAAGCAUUUGAAGCGUUUUUGGAAACAGCAAAACUUAAAAAUUGGGAACGUCAUGUAAAUAUUACUCCUAAGCUUGUGGAAACCAUUGGUAAGAACUGUAUAUUAUAUUUGGAUUGCGCAAAGGUGCCAAAAAUUCACUCGCCGAUGGCUCCAUUUGAAAAAGGCGUGAAAAAAGUAUACUCUUACCUCUCUCAACAAUUUCCAACUUUUCCUGACAUCAGUGACUUUUGGCUUGAAUUAAAGAUGGCCUUUUGCAAAUAUAUGUGCGAUUUGGAAUUUGGCAAUGACAACAAGUGGCCAUUAUUUUGGUGGCGAACUUUGGCCAAGUUAAAAUUUUUAAUGGAAACGCGCUAUAAUAACUUGGAACCAUUCUACUAUAUAACACGUAAUAAGAUAAUUCAAGAAAUUGAACGUUGCAAUUUGUUAGAAUCAACACUUGAACGUCGUAAAUUGAAUGAUGUGAAAGUCGACUCAAAUAAGUUUCUGCAAAACGUUACAAAAACAAAUGUUACUAUAAACAUAGAAUCACCAAUAGGAUCUCCUCAAUCACCUUUAUUAAUGGAAAUGACCGAAUCGGCGCCAUCGCCAAUAAAUGUACAACGAGACUCUCGCUUAUCUGCUUCAGUAUUAGCAAAGGAUUAUAGCAAUAUGAGUUCGCUUACUGCUAAAAAUCCUAUUUCUGAAUUCGCCUCGCUGUACAUGCGUGGUUCAAUUAGUACUUAUUCAUUUAUUUUGUCAUUGCGGCGAAAUCCGAAAACUUACCAAACUUGCGACAUGCAGGAAAAAUAUAAUGCUUGGAAAAGCGUUGCCAAAGAAAUGAAUACAAGUGUUAUAAACUGCCUACAAAAACUAGAUGAUACCAUCAGAAGUUAUCGCAUUUAUGCCACAGCAGAUCCAAACAUGCGUUGUCGUUUAACUCAAAAAUAUUUUAAACAUUUCGAUGAAAUCUAUCGUAGCGUAAAUUCACAGCUUAAACUGAAAAUACGUACACCAAUGGAACUGAAUAAAUCCGUUGAUGAUCGGGCUAACGAGGAGGAUAUAAACUUUCCAGAACGUUUUAUCGUUGAUAUUAAUAUGGAAAACUGUAAACCUGCUUUGGUGUUAAAGAAUUUAAGUUACGCUGUGGGUGAAUUGAGUUAUGGAACACAAGAUCUGUGUGGUAUUAGAAUUCGAGAAGUAAUGGCAAAUUACCAAUAAUUGUGAUAUAUUUAAAAAGUUUUUUCUGUUUGAAAAAAAAAUGUACCAGAAGCUCUUUAACACAAUACUAAGUAUUGUCAUUCAAAUAAAUUAUUCAACAUAAGUUAUUUUUAUGAAUUAAGUCGUUACACUUACAAGGAUAUUUAAUGUAUAGUAUUUAUAAUUAAACUAAUUUUAAGUCUCAGCAUUUUAUGAAUUUGUUAUGUUAAUAUAAUUUUGGAAACUUUCACAGAAAAAGCGAUAUUAUUAUUCAAGAAUUUAUAAAGAGAAUUGUUGCCAAAU